AUGAGGGCAAGAACGUGGGAAAUGCUUCAUCAAGGCUACAGUGGAUUUAAUCUAGAAAUAUUCACGAAAGCCUCAAAUUGGAGCACAUCGUUUAAGCAAAAACCACAGUUAACGUUUAAGACAGUUUUCAAGAAUUUACACAAAAUCACACAUAUUCUGGGACAGUCAUUAAUUGAUUCAGUACAGCUCAGUUUAGUAGCCGAGCUGGCUCUGGGGCAGAAAAUAAAAAGGAGAAUUUGGACCAGCUGCGGAGAGGGCCGGCUGCGGACGGGGCCGGCUCACAGCGCGGGUAUCAAGCCCUUCCCUCACCGUCCGGUGUUCCCCCGGCUGACCGUCUGCGCGCGUGUGGGCAGGAAGGGACUUCUGGGCUACUCCCCCAGGCCCUGGGCGCCCCUGGAGUCUGCGCUGGAACACGGACGGAGCGGAGGGAGCAGAGCCCGUGGAGUUGGCGGCGGCGACAGCAGGGUCUGCGGACGGUGGCCCUCGGGCCCCUGGGCUGCGGGACCUGUGACUUGGAGGAGGAGCGCGACCGCCUCCAGGUGCCCCUGCAGCAGCGAGGGGCGCGCCCGGAGUUCAGGGCUCAGAGUCCGCCCCCUUCCCGCGGCCCCCUCCCGGCUGCAGGUGGCGCGGGGCGGUGAGACGAGCCCGGGGCGCCAGUGGUUCUUCCUGGAAGACCGGACCGGCCCCCAGCCUCCGGGCGGCGGGACACGGGCUUCGAGACGCGCAGGUUGUUUUCGGCCGCUGAGCCCCGGCCAGUGGCCCGGCUGCGCCUCGCUUCUGGCCGCAAGUUUGGCCGGCGCUGGCAAAGUUGACGACUCUGACAGCCGCUCGCGGGCUCGAGAAGAGGCUCCUGCUUCUCGUUCUGGUCCGAGCAUGGCCGGGGCGGGGGUGUCGCAGCAUAUCUGGGCUUGGGUGGUACUCUGCAGCUGUCUCCUCGUGGGAGCCCAGGUAAGGAGCGGGCGCCCGGGGCCGGGAUGGAGGCGAAGGCGCUCGGCGCUCGUGCACCCGCACCUCCACGAUCACACACCGCACUCCAGCGCUCGGCGGGGCUGGCAGGCGAUCCGUGGAUCUGCACAGGGGAGCUUCGGCGAGAGCUGUCCUGCGGCACUUGCAAACCGAGGGGGUAUUUACGGGCUGCAGAGUUCUGGAUCGCGACUGGAUUCCUCUGGCACCAUUACUAUCGAGGAGCAGAUUGUGCUUAUGCUGAAAGCCAAAGUACAAUGCGAACUCAACAUCACUGCUCAGACCCAGGAGGGAGAAGGUAAUUGCUUCCCAGAAUGGGAUGGACUCAUUUGUUGGCCCAGAGGAACAGUGGGGAAAAUAUCAGCUGUCCCAUGCCCUUCUUAUAUUUUUGACUUCAAUCAUAAAGGAGUUGCCUUCCGACACUGUAACCCCAAUGGAACAUGGGAUUUUGUGCAUAGCUUAAAUAAAACAUGGUCUAAUUAUUCAGACUGCCUUCGCUUUAUGCAGCCCGAUAUCAGCAAAGGAAAGGAAGAAUUCUUUGAGCGCCUCUAUGUCAUAUACACUGUUGGUUAUUCCAUUUCUUUUGGUUCCUUGGUUGUGGCUGUUCUUCUCAUCGGUUACUUCAGACGAUUGCACUGCACUAGAAACUACAUCCACAUGCACUUAUUUGUGUCUUUCAUGAUGAGAGCUGCAAGCAUCUUUGUCAAGGACAGAGUGGUCCAUGCUCACAUAGGUGUAAAGGACAUGAAGUCCCUGAUAACGCAGGAUGGCUUACAAAAUUCCAUCGAAGCACCAUCUUUGGAGAAGUCACAGUAUAUUGGGUGCAAGAUUGCUGUUGUGAUGUUUAUUUACUUCUUGGCUACAAACUACUAUUGGAUCCUGGUGGAAGGUCUCUACCUGCAUAGUCUAAUCUUCGUGGCGUUCUUUUCCGACACCAGAUAUCUGUGGGGCUUCAUCUUGAUAGGCUGGGGGUUUCCAGCAGUGUUUGUGGCAGCCUGGGCUGUGGAACGAGCCACUCUGGCUGAUGAAAGGUGCUGGGAACUUACUGCUGGAGAUAAGUGGAUUUAUCAAGCCCCCAUCUUAGUGGCAAUUGGGCUGAAUUUUAUUCUGUUUCUGAAUACAGUUAGAAUUCUGGCUACCAAAAUAUGGGAGACCAAUGCACUUGGGCAUGACAUGAGAAAGCAAUACAGGAAACUCGCCAAAUCGACACUGGUCCUUGUCCUGGUCUUUGGAGUGCACUACAUCGUGUUCAUUUGCCUGCCCCACUCCUUCACUGGGCUUGCCUGGGAGAUCCGCAUGCACUGUGAGCUCUUCUUCAACUCCUUUCAGGGCUUCUUUGUGUCUAUCAUCUACUGCUACUGCAAUGGAGAGGUUCAAGCUGAGGUGAAGAAGCUGUGGAGUCGGUGGAAUGUGUCCCUCGACUGGAAAAGGAUGCCGCCCUGUGGCAGUCACAGAUACGGCUCAGUCCUCACUACUGUGACUCACAGCAUGAGCAGCCAGUCUCAGAUGGCAGCCAGCACUCACAUGGUGUUCAUCGCCGGCAAAACGACCAAGCCUGCCCCCAGACAGCCUGACAGCCACGUGACUUUGCCUGGCUAUGUCUGGAGUAACUCUGAGCAAGACUGCCUGCCACACUCAGUCCAAGAAGAGACCAAGGAAGGUAAUGGGAACCAGGGAUUGAAUAUCCCAGUAGAUGCAUCUUCCAGGGCACUGGAAGUUAAUGCAGACGCGGACGGAUGCAAAAGAGUGACUGAGGAUGUUCUGUGA